AUGGGUUCGCACUUCACGUGCGAAGUCUGCGGCAACGAUGGACAUUCGGGGAACGACUGCCCCGAAACCUGUGAAGACUACGCAUACCUCAACAACAAUAACAACAGUUUCAAUAAAAAGGUUGAAUCUCUUCUUGCCCAAAUUGCUGCUUCUGUUCCUGUCUCCGAGAAUGUAAAAGCGGUGACCACGAGGGGUGGUAAGUCCACUCGUGAUCCACCACACCCUAACCAUGUUGAAAAAGCACCGACAGCCCAAGAAGAAGAGCAACCAACACAGCAAGAAGAAACCAGGGAACCAGAAAAGGGAAUGGCUCCACAAGACUAUAUCGAGACCAGCUUCCUAUCGUUUCCUACCCGUAACCGAAAGGCAGCCGUGGAUGAGCAGUUAACCCGUUUUGUUGAGAUGAUCCAGAAGAUACAUGUUAACGUCCCUCUGCUAGAUGUGAUGCAUGUGCCAACCUACACCCGGUAUAUCAAGGAGAACAUUAGCAACAAACGGCCGCUGCCCACCACAAAGGUUGUCAAGCUCACAGAAGAGUGUAGUGCAUCUAUACUCAACCAACCUCUGGAGAAGAAGAAAGAUCCAGGAUGCCCCACAAUCACGUGUUCAAUCGGGGCACAACACUUCAGCCGUGCCUUGUGUGACUUAGGAGCAAGUGUCAGCGUGAUGCCAAAAGCCGUCUACGACAAGGUAAACUUCACGUACCUCACGCCAACUCCAAUGCAUCUCCAGCUGGCAGACUCUUCGGUACGGUAUCCAGAGGGGAUUGCAGAAGAUGUACCGGUGAAAGUUAGGGACUACUUCAUCCCUGUCGACUUCGUGGUACUGGACAUGGACAUUUCCAAGGAUACACCACUUAUUCUAGGAAGACCAUUCCUAAGCACUGCGGGGACACAAAUCAAUGUUGGAGCUAGAGAAAUCCGCUUCAAUAUCAAUGGCAAGGAAGAAAGGUUCCCAUUCCAGCCCAAGGUUGAGCAGUGCUCUAUGAUCAAAAUCAAGUUUGGGCCAAACCCAUGA